AUGUCUAAUCUUCUUCAACGAUUCAUCGAUCAAAUGGAAGAUUCAACUACCCCAAAAGAAACUGAUUCAUCCAACAAUUUCUUCAAUUUCCUCAGCUCUGAUUUAACCGAACUCAUCUUAGCUCGCCUCCCAGUUCGUUCAAUCAUCCGUUGCUCCGUCGUCUGCAAGCUAUGGCACUCGAUCGUCACCGCCCCGUUGUUCUCCGCCUCCGCUGCAGCACCCCCCUGGUUCUUCCUCUACGGCCAAAACAACAUUUUCGUGAAAAACAAUCAAGCGUUCGCAUUCGACCCUGAUUCGAACGAGUGGAUCAAGCUCCCCACAACUCUGUUUCCCGUUUCAAUUUCGCAGGAAUCAUCCUUCAUCGGUUCCGGUGUUAUCAGUUCUGAGUUUUCAUCGAAUUCGAAUCAAAACAAUCGGUAUGAACAGAAUUUGACUUUGCCCAAGAUUAUUGUUGUGGGUGGUGUUAGAUUCAUUGGUGGUUUGGUUGAUAUUGAAGAUAAUUUAGCGGUUGAAAUUUAUAAUCCAACUUUAGAUUCGUGGGAUCUUUGUCCACCGUUGCCGGCGGAUUUCCGGUCAGGCAACUCUUCACAAUCACUGUCUUCCGCUUUUCUCAGAUCGAAAUUCUACGUAUUCGGUAUACAUUCAUGUUUCAUUUCAUCCUUCGAUUUAAACAAUCGAGUUUGGAGUGAAGUUCAAACACUCCGCCCACCAGGUGUGAUCACAUCAUUCCUAAUAUCUUGCCGGAAUCAGCUUAUGUUGGCCGGAUUAUGCAACAAUCCUCAUGGACCUUCGUUUAAUCUAUGGAGAAUUGACGAAUUAACAAUGGAGUUUAGUGAAGUUGCGAUUAUGCCUCCUGAUAUGCUCAACUGUUUGUUUGAUAGCGAUGAAGAUGAUAGAUUUGCCAGCUUGAAAUGUGUUGGAGUUGGGAAAUACAUCUUUGUGUUUAACGAAGAACAUCGCCGGAAUUACCCUGCUUGUGUAUGUGAAAUCAGCUCUGAUUCCAAGCAGUGUAGCUGGAGGAGGAUCCCUGAUUUGCCUGAACCGGUGAAUAGGUUUCAUAAAGUCAUCAGUUUUUGCUCAACUAUUUCACUUCGCUGGAUUCUUGAUGGUGAAGUUGCUUAG